AUGAUGAUACUGGGUAAAGCCGGGAUCCUGGCACAGUAUGGGACAAUAUAUGUGAGACAAAAUACCAUUCGGAAUAAUUUAAGUUCCUGCAUUUUUAAGCAGUCACUAUGUGCCUUUCAUUCAUUAGCAAAGGUGCUGCAACAAAAGCAAGUCCCACUGGACCUUUCAUAUGACAUAAUCAAGAGAGAUGCAGUAAAAACUGGGGAUGAAGGGAAGCCAAGACCACCUAUUAUCAUACUUCACGGCUUAUUCGGUAACAAGCUCAACAACCGAAGCAUUGGCCGUAACCUUAACAAGAAAUUGGGAAGAGACGUGUAUCUGCUGGACCUAAGAAAUCAUGGAUCCUCACCACACAGUUCAGUCCAUAACUACGAAGUCAUGUCGGAAGACGUGAAACACUUUAUCACAAAGCACGAAUUAAACACCAAUGGAGGCCCUAUUAUAAUAGGACACUCAAUGGGUGGUAAAGUUGCCAUGAUGCUGGUCCUGAAAAACCCGCAACUUUGUUCGAUGUUAGUCUGUAUAGAGAACGCUCCGGUGAGUUUGCGCCCUAACGCUGAGUUUGUCGAAUACAUCAAAGCGCUGAUGGAAAUCGUCAACGACAAGGGCAAAACUAUCCGCACGCUGAAACAGGCUGAUGAACACCUUGCAGAGAGGAUCGGCGGCAAUGAGCUAGUAAGGCGGUUUCUCCUAACGGCGCUGAAAAAGGUCAAGAUGGACAAUUCAUCGUCUGUGUCGUCAUAUACAUUCGAAGAACGAAUUCCCCUCGCAACACUGAAAGAUGCCAUUGUCAAAGGUGAAAUUGCCGCGUGGCCCCUAGAUCCUGCUCGUGAACGAUGGACGCGGCCUGCGCUAUUCAUCAGGGCUACUCAAUCGCAUUAUGUGGUAGACGAGUAUCUUCCGAUCAUCGGCGCGUUCUUUCCACGCUUUGAAACACGUGACAUCGAUGCGGGUCACUGGGUAAAUGCGGAGAAGCCUGGGGAAUGUGCCGAAAGCAUCGUCGAUUUUGUGGAGCGGCACGAGGAUUAA